UUUGCUCUCCAAUCCGACAGCAGAGACCAAAGCUCUCCGUUGAUCGAGCUUUCUCCGCCGUCACUGGAAUCGGAAUCGUGCCCGCCUAUCAGUUGCUCCACCUCCGCCGUUACUAGUGGACGACUGUCCCCGCGAAGAACACGUGCCGCACAGUUGAUUCGAGUUCAAAAAGUGCAUCCAAGCCAGAAAAGUUUACAUAGAAAGUGAUAAGAGCUUAGAAAGGAAUCCGAAGCCCAAAAUGAUGUCCAAGCGAUUGUUAGCUCAGACCAGGCGGCUCCCUCCCAGGUCCUCGGUCCGUAGGAGCUCCAGCUCAUCGCUGCACUCAAAGGCAGCCCCCGCAACGAUAGCCCAGCUGCAGGUAGAGAUGCCCGACUGCAACCACCGCCCGGUGGCCUACGACGGCUCCAGCUACGAGCAGAUUCUCAAGACCAGGCGCAACCACCUGACACCGAAUCUGCUGGCCCACUUCAAGAAGCCACUUGUGAUCCACGCUGGCCACAUGCAGUGGCUGUACGAUCACGAGGGCCGGCGCUACCUGGACAUGUUUGGCGGAAUCGUUACUGUGUCCGUUGGACAUUGUCACCCAAAGGUUAACCAGGCGCUCAGCGAGCAGACUGCUAAACUGUGGCACACGACUAACAUCUACAUGCACCCCAAGAUCCACGAGUAUGCCGAGCGAUUGGUGGCCAAGUUCCCAGGAGACCUCAAGAGCGUGUGCUUCGUGAACUCCGGCUCGGAGGCCAACGAUCUUGCUAUGCUAAUGGCGCGCCUUCACACAGGCAACCAGGAUAUCCUUUCCUUGCGCAACUGCUACCACGGAAUGUCCCCCUACACCAUGGGCCUCACGGCACACUCCACCUGGCGCUUUCCGCUGCCAGGGGUGAACAACGGACUUGUGCACGUGAUGAACCCCGAUCCCUACCAGGGCAUUUGGGGCGGCUCAAACUGCCGGGACUCCCCUGUGCAGACCACCCGCGAAUGCCAGUGCACCGCAGGCUGCCAGGCCGGCGAUGCCUACUACAAUGAACUGGAGGAGACCUUCAAGUAUUCCCUGCCGCGCGGCAAGGUGGCUGCUAUGUUUGCAGAGUCAAUCCAGGGGGUCGGCGGAACGGUCCAGUUCCCAAAAGGGUACCUCAAGCGGGCAGCAGCUCUGGUCAGAGCUAACGGAGGACUCUUUGUGGCCGACGAGGUUCAGACUGGCUUUGGGCGAACCGGUGAGCACUUCUGGGGCUUCGAGGGCCACGACUAUGUCCCCGACAUAGUCACCAUGGCCAAGGGCAUUGGGAACGGCUUCCCACUGGCAGCCGUUGUCACCACGCCAGAGAUCGCGGCAUCCCUGGGCCAGGCCCUGCACUUCAACACCUACGGAGGGAACCCGAUGGCCAGUGCCGUAGGCAUUGCCGUGCUGGACGUGAUCGAGGAGGAGCAACUGCAGCGCAACUCCCUGGAAGUGGGCACGUACUUCCUCAAAGGUCUGGCCGAAUUGCAGCAGCGCUUCGAGAUUAUUGGCGACGUGCGGGGAAAAGGCCUGAUGAUCGGCGUCGAGCUGGUGGGCAAUCGUGAAAAGCGUACCCCUCUGGCUACGCCGCACGUCCUGGACAUAUGGGAGAAGUGCAAGGACCAAGGAGUGCUCUUUGGACGCGGCGGUCUUCAUGGAAAUGUUCUGCGCAUUAAGCCUCCCAUGUGCAUCACGCUGGCUGAUGCCAAGUUCGCCAUGGAUGUGCUGGCCCUGGCCAUCACGGAGUCUCAGCCCGAGAAUAACUAACGAAGAUUGGCGAAGACGAAUACACAUACACGGGAGAGCGUUUGUAGGAUGGUCUCAGCUGCAUUUAUUAACUAUCUAAGCAGAUCUCUAACUAGUUACUCCUAACAAAGACUUAUGGACCUUUAAAUAGUCAACUGUUCAAUAUUUAAAAGAAUUGGUUUUUAUACAUUAAAUUGUUGAAGAUCCCACAAGACUA